AUGACUGCACCAACUACAAGAAAAGACCUCAUGAUAGUCAAUAUGGGGCCUCAGCACCCAUCAAUGCACGGUGUUCUUCGACUCAUCGUUACUCUAGAUGGUGAAGAUGUUGUCGACUGCGAACCAAUAUUAGGUUAUUUACAUAGAGGGAUGGAGAAAAUUGCGGAAAACCGAACAAUUAUACAAUAUUUGCCUUAUGUAACACGUUGGGAUUAUUUAGCUACUAUGUUCACAGAAGCAAUAACCAUAAAUGGACCCGAACAAUUAGGCAAUAUUCAAGUACCUAAAAGGGCUAGCUAUAUCAGAGUCAUUAUGUUGGAGUUGAGUCGGAUAGCUUCUCAUUUGUUAUGGCUCGGUCCUUUUAUGGCGGAUAUUGGUGCACAGACCCCUUUCUUCUAUAUUUUUAGAGAAAGAGAAUUGAUAUAUGACCUAUUCGAAGCUGCCACCGGUAUGCGAAUGAUGCAUAAUUAUUUUAGGAUUGGAGGAGUGGCUGCCGAUCUACCCUAUGGCUGGAUAGAUAAAUGUUUGGAUUUUUGCGAUUAUUUUUUAACAGGGGUUGCUGAGUAUCAAAAACUUAUUACUCGGAAUCCUAUUUUUUUAGAACGAGUUGAAGGCGUAGGCAUUAUUGGGAGAGACGAGGCAUUAAAUUGGGGUUUAUCGGGACCAAUGCUACGAGCUUCUGGAAUAGAAUGGGAUCUUCGUAAAGUUGAUCAUUAUGAGUCUUACGACGAAUUUGAUUGGCAGGUUCAAUGGCAACGAGAAGGGGAUUCAUUAGCUCGUUAUUUAGUACGAAUCGGUGAAAUGACAGAAUCCAUAAAGAUUAUUCAACAGGCUCUGGAAGGAAUUCCAGGGGGGCCUUACGAAAAUUUAGAAAUGCGACGUUUUGACAGAUUAAAAGAUCCUGAAUGGAAUGAUUUUGAAUAUCGGUUUAUUAGUAAAAAGCCUUCUCCAACUUUUGAAUUGUCGAAACAAGAACUUUAUGUGAGAGUUGAAGCCCCAAAAGGAGAAUUGGGGAUUUUUCUGAUAGGAGAUCAGAGCGUUUUUCCUUGGAGAUGGAAAAUUCGCCCACCAGGUUUUAUCAAUUUGCAAAUUCUUCCUCAGUUAGUUAAAAGAAUGAAAUUGGCUGAUAUUAUGACAAUACUAGGUAGCAUAGAUAUCAUUAUGGGAGAAGUUGAUCGUUGA